AUGAAAUGGGCUAGUUCUCGAACUCCGUAUCACUUAACUAUAGUGAAUUGGCUGCGUAGCAACUCGGAAUCUCAAAAUUAACCUAGGAAUAUCAUAUGAGUUGUUUUCUAGAUCAGAAUUUCACGCUGAAUCCGAAAAUCUAGGCCCCGAUCAAUAAAAAUCUGAAAUUUCCAGCUUCCGAUGUGAUCUACCGUCAGCAACAACAACAACAACAACAACUUCCACGUCCGCAAACAAUGAUGCAUCAACCGCCAGUUCCGCUUCCGCAACAAAUUCGGCCAGUUUCGCAGCCUGCGUCAAACGCAAGCAUCGCUUUUGUUCCGGUUUGCCGCUAUGAAGACGCGCAAGCCAUCCGGACGACCGCAUUUCAUCCGUCCGGAAAGUAUUUUGCGUUGGGCACGAAUUCCAAACAAUUGUUGAUUUGUAGAUAUCCGGACACAAGAACUGCAAGGUAUACUGUACCUCCCUUUAAGUACAUUUCUGUUUUUAUAUAGGGUACCUUUAGGUAUACUGUACCUCCCUUUAAAUAACUAUACUUUAGAUCCAUUUAGAUAGAAGCUUAAAUAAUUAUAUAGAACUGCAAGGUAUACGGUACCUCCCUUUAAAAAAUUUAACAGAACUGCAAGGUAUACGGUACCUCCCUUUAAAUAGUUAUACAGAACUGCAAGGUAUACUGUACCUCCCUUUAAAUCCCAUCUUUCCAGACACGGUGAACCUACACGACAUGUUGAAAUCGCUCUAACCCGCCCAAAACAACAUCGCGGCUCGGUUUAUUGUUUGGGCUUCAAUCCGAAUGGAGAUUUGAUUGCUACCGGCUCAAAUGACAAAACUAUUCGACUUAUGGCUUUUGAUGAGGAAAAUUGCAGAAUUGGUGAGUUUUUUGGCGAAUUUUCUAGCCUUCAGAAUCACCUGAGCGCUAUGAGACCUGGAUUUUUGAAAUCAGCGUGAAAUUUUGGUCUAGAACACAUUUUACAAUUAGCUUAAUCUUGAAAAUUGAUUAAACUCCGUAUCCACACUAUUACAUAUAGGAUUUCGCUGCGUAGCAACUCAAUAUCUCAAAAUUAACCCAGGAAUAUCAUAUGAGAUGUUUUCUAGAUCAGAAUUUCACGCUGAUUUCAAAAAUCCACGUCUCGAGACUCGAAAUUCAAAAAUCAAUAAAUUCCAGGCGCUGAAAUGGAGCUCUCCUGUCACGACGGCACAGUUCGCGAUCUAAUCUUCCUGGAAAACUCGCACAAUCGCUCAACAAUUCUAAUUUCGGGCGGUGCCGGAAAUUGUCAUUUGAAUGUCACCGAUUGCAAUUCCGGUCAAUUAAUUCAGUCGAUGAAAGGACAUUCGGGUAGGGUUUUUGGGCUUGAAAUGAUGUUUUUGCUGAAAAUAACCUAGAUUUUCGAAAUCAGCGUGAAAUUCUGAUCUUGAAGACAUUUUCCAGAUUCUUCUAGCCUUAAAAUUAAUCAAACUCCGUAUCCACACUAUUACAUAUAGGAUUUCGCUGCGUAGCAACUCGGAAUCUCAAAAAUGAGCUAGGAAUAUCAUAUGAGGUGUUUUCUAGAUCAGAAUUUCACGCUGAUUUCAAAAAUCUGGGGUUUAAAGCAUGAGAUGGGCUAGUUCUCGAACUCCGUAUCACUUAACUAUAGUGAAUUCGCUGGGUAGCAACUCAAUAUCCCAAAAUUAACCUAGGAAUAUCAUAUGAGAUGUUUUCCAGAUCGGAUUUUCACGCUGAUUUCGAAAAUCUAGGUCGCAAUUUCAAUAAAAAUCUGCAAUUUUCAGCGCCAAUUUUGGGAUUGUACACUUGGGGACACGCAAAUCAACAACAAUUUGUGUCGUGUUCGCAGGACAAAACUAUACGAUUUUGGGAUUUGCGGCAGUCGCAAGCUAUAAAUGUCAUUUCGCCAGCUCAUAGUAGGUUUCGCCGGGAAAUUUGAAAAUUUUUGGGAUUUUUUGACAUUUUUUCACACAGAAAUGUCAAAAAAUAGGAAAAAAUUAUAGUUUUUUGUCAAAAAAAAAAUUUAUUUUUUUUUGAAUUUCUGCAGGCGCUCCAGUAACCUCAGUGUGCGUAGAUCCAUCCGGAAAACUAUUAGUUUCCGGACACGAAGAUGCCUCUGUCGCCUUGUUUGAUGUGACCGGUAAUCGAGUUUUGCAAAAUUUCCGGCCUCAUGGAGACGAAGUGCGAACUGUCAGGUUCAGCAAUGCUGCUUAUUAUUUGCUCACGGCAAGUUAUGAUAAAAGGUUGGUUUUUGGGGAGUUAGGCUAAGUUAUAUUGUCGAAAAUCUCAUCGCUACCACCGAAAUAAACACGCAACGCAGACCGCGCCGCGCUAUAACACACACACACACAAAUAAGGAAACUAUUCAAAUUCCCUCCCUUUUUUGUGUGUGUUGUGGCGCGACGCGGUCUGCGUUGCGUGUUUAUUUCGGUGGAGCGCGUGGAGUACCGAUGAGAUUUUCGAUAACCAUCACAAAUUUUUCUUCCAGAGUUGUGCUAACUGACAUGCGUGGCGAUCUGAUGGCUCCAUUGAUGUAUCUUCCAGUCGCCGAACAUUCCGACAAAGUUGUUCAAUGUCGUUGGCAUCCACUGGAUUUCUCGUUUUUAUCAACUUCAGCCGACAGAUCUGCUGUUCUUUGGUCACUUCCAGCUGGAGGACACAAACAACGAUUUUGA